CGACAAGCGCAGAGUCAGGAACAGAUAACAAUGGCCCGCUGGGCGCCGGCCGCCCGUCAAGCCUCUUGCGCAAGUUUGCUAACAAAGCACGCGCGGUGUCUGCCGCUCACCUGCUGGCAAACUGGCCCAGGGCGCCGCGGAAUGCAAACCGACGCUGUCCGCGCGUGCGUACUCUACCUCGUCUCUACAGCUUUGUAGACCUCCGCGCUCAUACACUCUGACAAUUGAUAGAGCGCGCAGGCAGUAGGCGCAAGGCGCCGCUGCGCUGAACGAAGCCUGCCCCAGGGCACACGCUUUUCCGUUUCGAUAGCAGCCCGCAGAGUUUGUGAGCUUUCUCUUUGUUGGAUUGUACAUGUGAGGGGCCACUGCACCGGCAGCAAGCAGCUGUCCACGCUAUCUAGGAAGCAGCUUGAGUUGUUUCCCAGAAUUAGGCUGCAUCUUAUUCAGUUGCAGAAGCCCAGCCAUGCUUCUAUUGAUGCUUGAUAUUGAACAGUUGAAAGGCUCAACUGGUUCCAGGCAGGGAUGGGCGCGCCCAUGCAAGGCCAAGGCCUAAAGGAGGAAUGUGAAGGACUCUUUUACUAUAUAGUAAAAAGCUCAGACAUCCGCUGCUCAGGCAUACAUCUAGAUAGCACUCCCUGACACGCUGCUCAACAGCAGAGCCAGGAAGCCUUGGUAGUGCGCGUCCACAAGCGAGCAAAGCUAGCCGCUUUCUCUUAACAGCAAUCAUGAAACCAGUACGUACCCAUGCUGCUGGCGAGAGCCUGGCAGCCUACAGCAGGGAGGUUCCUGUUGCGCCGCUCGGAGCUCCACCUCGCGUUCAGAGGAUUCUGUCAUACAAGGUUCGCUACCAGCCGGAUGGCCCGAGCUCUCCAACUCGCAGCACGCAGCCGCAGGCACGGGUGCCACCCGUGCCGCAGCCCCUCGUCACCCUCUCGCUAGAGGAACUGGACGAGGAGAUGGGCAUCCUCAAGCGUGCCGAAUUUAUACGCAACUACAACCACGACGUCCGUGCCUACGACGUCUACGAGCGCAAGCACUCGAGCGUGCGCAACCUGUGCAGCGACGCCUUCGAGGCCGCCGCCACCAACCCGGACCUGCCGGUGCCGCCCGGGAGUGUGCCCAUGCACCUCUGCUGGGGCGUCUUCAUGCGCCGGGCCACCACACCCCAGCAGCGCGGCUGGCACCUGCAGGAGGGCCCCGCCGCGCCCGACAGCCGCCGCCAGCAGUGGGAGCAGGAGCGGGAGCGGGAGCCUGAGCGGGAGCGGGAGCGCGAGCGGGAGCGGGAGCGCACCGCAGCUGCUUCUGCCGGGUGCCGCCCGGCGUGGCAGGCGCUGUGCAUGCACCUCCGCGCCACUGCCGCAGCAGCGGCGGGCCGUCCCCGUGUGCCGCCGCCGCCGCCUGGCUUCGAAAGCGUUGUGCACCGCAUACCGCUGGCCGCGCCCGGCUGCGGCUCUGCCGCUGCGGCGGGCCCCCGUGUGCCGCGACCUCCUCCUGGCUUCGAGGACGUCGCGGCCCGCAUGCCGCUGGUCACGCCCGGCUGCGGCUCUGCCGCUGCGGCGGGCCCCCGUGUGCCGCGACCUCCUCCUGGCUUCGAGGACGUCGCGGCCCGCAUGCCGCUGGUCACGCCCGGCUGCGGCUCUGCCGCUGCGGCGGGCCCCCGUGUGCCGCGACCUCCUCCUGGCUUCGAGGACGUCGCGGCCCGCAUGCCGCUGGUCACGCCCGGCUGCGGCUCUGCCGCUGCGGCGGGCCCCCGUGUGCCGCGUCCUCCUCCUGGCUUCGAGGACGUCGCGGCCCGCAUGCCGCUGGCGGCGCCCGGCACCGGGUGCCCGCAAUGGGAGUCGCUGUGCAUGCAUCUCCGCGUCACUGCCGCGGCAGCGGCAGGCCAGCCCCGUGUGCCGCCGCCGCCGCCGCCGGGGUUUGAGAACGUCGUCGCGCCUCGCACCGCUGCAGCUGCUCCUUCCUCAUGCGGCACAGGCAGCAGCACGGGUGGCGCUGGCAGCAGCAGCCGCGGUGACGCCAGCAGCGACGACGACCAGCAGGACAACAGCAUUACUUGGGGCAGCUCGACGAACACGGACACGGACACGGAUAUGGACAACACGCCUGCGGCGGAGGCGGCGGAGGUGGCGGAGGCGGCGGAGACGGCGAAGUUCGGAGGCGUGGCGGCGGCGGUGGAGGAGGACGAGGUGGGGGAGACGCAGCAGUCCAAGAACCGCCGCCACCGGCGGUCCGGGAGCCGGCGGCGUGGCGGGCGGCGGCAGCAGUGGAGGCAGCAGCCACGCACUGUGCUGCUGUGAGGCGGGGUUGCGGCUAUGAUGAGGCUCUUGGGCUCGUGCUCUUUGUGAAAGAUUACGGUAUGCGCGUUCAUGCGGUAUGCUCACGAUUGUUCUUUCUUCUUACGUGCGUGCAUUGGGUUUUGCAUUGCGCUUCGGGAUGGAGCUCUGCCAACAGUGCUAAGUACCCUAGCUAGUGGUACCCUAGUGGGGCCGCAAGGUCCUUAUCUGCCUUGCUGGCUCAUCCGCACAGGGUGGGCAGCCCUUGGCACUUGAUUGGUGGUGAUCCGUGCUUGUGAUUGCAUUUGGAUUUGGGGAU